GUGAUGGGAGCAUGAGUGAAAAUGAGGGGGAUCUCCAGCAAGAUGGGCCGGAGGCAGCCGAACACUGUGGGGCCAUUUCGGACUUUUUCAUGAGGGAAGCUUCUCCUCCGGGCUGCGGCCAGGACGUGUCCCGUCUGAGGCCAGACCUUGUCUCCCCAGAGACGGGGCUGGAGAAGACUUCUCGCUGCGGCUUCAGGAAGCGGAAGGAGACAGUGGUGCACCAGCAGGCAUUCAUGGGAGAGAAGCCCUACAUCUGUAUUGAGUGUGGGCAGAGCUUCAACCGCAGCUCCGACCUGAUUCGCCACCAGAGGAUCCACACUGGGGAGAAACCUUACAUGUGUGCUGACUGUGGCAAAAGCUUCAGCCGACGCUCCCACCUCAUCCAGCACCAGCGCGUCCACACGGGUGAGAAACCCUACAAGUGCCCCCAGUGCGGGAAGCGCUUCAGCGACAGCUCCAACCUCAUCGCCCACCAGCGGCUCCACACAGGUGAGAAGCCAUACUUGUGCCCUGACUGCGGAAAGAGUUUCAGCCAGCGCUCGCACCUUGUCCAGCACCGUCGCACCCACACUGGGGAGAAGCCCUACAAGUGUGCUGAGUGUGGGACCUGCUUCAGUGACAACUCUACCCUCAUUCGUCACCGUCGGACCCACACUGGGGAGAAACCUUUCAAGUGCUCCCACUGUGGGAAGAGCUUCAGUCGCAACUCCUACUUAGUCUCACACCAGCGGGUGCAUGUGUG